UGUUCGGACUAUUCAGUCGUUUCGAAAUGGCAGUUCUGAUCGUGUUGUUGGUCGGUGCUCUCACGUUCGCUGCGUGGUUUGUGCAUCAGCACUUUAACUACUGGAAGAGUCGCGGCAUUCCUCAUGAUGCCCCCAAAAUUCCAUUCGGCAAUACUAGCGAGCUGAUGAAAACUAUGCAACUAUCGGAUAUUUUCAAGCGAACCUACUUCAAUUAUAAAAACAAGACCGAUGGACCAUUUGUGGGAUUCUAUAUGUAUUUUAAAACGAUGGUAAUUGUCACCGAUGUUGAUUUCGCCAAGACUGUGUUGAUCCGCGAGUUUGACAAGUUCCACGAUCGCGGUGUAUUCCACAACGAGCGAGAUGACCCACUGACCGCUAACCUGGUGAACACCGAGGGUCAAAAGUGGAAAACCCUGCGCCAGAAACUGACCCCCACAUUUACCUCUGGCAAAAUGAAGACCAUGUUCCCCACCAUUUUGGACGUGGGUGAUGAUCUCAUCAAGGUAUUUGAACAAAAAUCUACAGUGAGUAAGGACUCCUUGGAGAUCACAGACAUAUUGGCCCGUUUCACUGCCGAUGUCAUCGGAAGCUGUGCCUUCGGCUUGGAUUGCCACAGCUUGUCGGAUCCCAAGGCUGAGUUUGUUAAAAUGGGAACUGCUGCCAUUACCGAACGACGUUAUGGAAAGUCGAUGGAUCUAUUUUUAUUCGGAGCCCCAGGAUUGGCGGCCAAGCUGCGCAUGAAGCAGACUGUCCAGAAAGUCGAGGACUUUUACAUGAACAUCAUCAAGGAUACUGUGGACUACCGUGUGAAGAACAAGGUUAAACGAAAUGACUUUAUGGACAUGCUGAUUGAUUUGAAAGUAAAAUACGAUGAUGGCGACAAGCAAAAUGGCCUGACCUUUAACGAAAUCGCUGCCCAGGCUUUUAUAUUUUUCCUGGCGGGUUUUGAAACUAGUUCUACAACCAUGGGCUUCGCUCUGUAUGAGUUGGCGUGCAAUCAGGAUGUUCAGGAUAAACUAAGGACAGAAGUGGAUAGCGUUUUGGGGAAACAUAAUGGAAAUCUUGACUAUGACAGCAUGCGAGAGAUGACCUAUUUGGAGAAGGUCAUUGACGAGACCAUGAGAAAACGUCCCGUAGUGGGCCACUUAAUCCGCAUUGCAACUCAACAGUAUGAACACAGCAAUCCAAAGUACAACAUUGAAGAAGGCACUGGAGUGAUUGUGCCCUCCUUGGCCAUCCACCAUGAUCCCGAGUUCUACCCCGAACCAGAAAAGUUCAUCCCAGAGCGGUUCGAUGAGGAUCAGGCUAAACAGCGUCCCGCUUGCACCUUCCUGCCCUUUGGAGAGGGUCCCCGGAACUGCAUUGGUCUCCGCUUUGGACGCAUGCAGGUCGUCGUGGGAAUGGCCCUGCUCAUCCACAACUUCAAGUUCGAGUUGCAUCCUACCAAGACUGUCGUACCCCUAGAAUACAGGACUGAUAAUAUUCUGUUGAGUUCGAAGGGCGGAAUUCAUUUAAAAGUCAGUAGGAUUGAAAAGAAAUAAAGAUAGCAAAACACAAUAAUGAUUUGAUUAAGAGCUCUGCGACAACGACGCAGUUAGCUCAAUAAAAGUAUUAGCUACUGAUAAUAUUCA